AUGGCGGCCAGCAGGAGGCUGGUGAAGGAGCUUGAAGAAAUCUGCAAAUAUGGAAUGAAAAACCUCUGUAACAUCCAGGUUGAUGAAGCUAAUUUAUUGACUUGGCAAGGGCUUAUUGUUCCUGACAACCCUCCAUAUGAUAAGAAGGCCUUCAGAGUCGAAAUCAGUUUUCCAGCAGAAUACUCAUUCAAACCACAGAAGAUUACAUUUAAAACAAAGAUCUAUCACCCCAAUAUCGAUGAAAAGGGACAGGUCUGUCUGCCAGUAAUUAGUGCUGAAAACUGGAAGCCAGCAAUGAAAACCGACCAAGCUGAAGAAUACUCUAAGGACCGUAAAAAAUUCUGUAAGAAUGCUGAAGAGUUUACAAAGAAAUAUGGGGAAAAGCGACCUGUGGACUAA